CUUCAAAAAUUCUGAAAUUAGAAUUUAUAUAGACUUUAUUGCGCUGUUGACAAAUUUUACAAAAAAAGAUGACAUAUAUUCAAGUUUAUUAAUAUACAAAUACGAGGGAUAAGAAUAAUUCUCAUCCAUGGCCUUGAAAGACUCAGGACCGGCCCUGAUUACUCGAGGGGGAACAACAAACAAUACCCGAAUGAUCCUUUUCUUUUCGAGUGCACAUUAAUUUUCAGCUUUUCCUUUCUACUUAUUAAUUAAGGUUGAAUUAACAGCAGAUGAGCCAAUCUUGUUGAUAUCUUAUUCGAUGAAAGUCAAGAUGCAGCCAUUUAUUUAUAAAAGAAAAUUUUGAAAACCACGAGUUACAUUUAUAUUUGACUUGAUGCUCAUAUUUUCGACUGACAGGGACUUUAUUUGGAUGAGCCGGUGUGGUUCACUCUGGCCGGCCAAUAAACUGAACAGCGACGUCAAAAUCAGGGACGCAAAUUUGUAGUUGAAAUGUUGAAUCACAGUUAACAUUCAAAACCGAUAUGCGACUUUACUGACCGUCCUCACCAAAUUCUUCAUGCUGGACCGUACAUAUGAUAGAUACAUAGGAACGUUAAAAGCUAAAAGUCCUGACGUCGAAUAAAGCUAGCCAGCUUGCAACUUCAAGCAACUGAUAUCAAGGCUCUAGCUAGCUGUUAAUUUCUUGGAUCAGCGAUAUGCGUGCUUCUUUCUGUAAUUGUGAUAUAAUCCAGCGAAUAAGAAGCAUGCUCAAGAUGAAGUUGAUGUUGUUGCUGUGUGAUCUUCUCAAACUUCUGCUCGAGAAGAUCAUCUACUAUCCAGAAUCAUUCCUUAGACACAGUGAAGAUGAUCAACAAAGUAAGGACGAUAGUGAUCAUCAGCUGGAGGUCAUGAACUUUGAAGUUGCAGCAACUUCAGAUCCUACUAGGUUGCACAUGCAAGUACCAGUGGUUCCGGUGGUAAAUAUUGACACAGAAUUCAUUAAGAAGCAACUACCGGUUGUGCUAUACCGGGACCUAAUUCUGAAGAAAACAAGCGGCCAACGCCAAUUUCAAGCUACAUCAUCAGCGUUAUCAUCAUUUUCGGAGCAGGAAAUGCACAUGUCAUCAUGUAUUGUGUGCAUGAAUAGCAUGGAGGGCAGGGACGAGGUGAGAGAGCUGUGCAAUUGUGAGCAUGUUUUCCAUAGAGACUGCCUGGAUGCUUGGAUCGGUCAGGCUCAGCUAACUUGUCCUCUUUGUAGAUCUGAGCUACUAAUACCUGCUUCUACUUCUGCUACUACUUCAAAGCAUGACAACGAUGGAGGAAGAGACCCAUGGAGGGCCGAGAGGAUGAUUUACUUGUUUGGUGAAGAUAUUUGCUUCACGAUCUAGCAUGCAUUUCUUGUAUAUACUCUGCGGAGCUCAAUAUGCAUCAAUCAAAACUGCGUUUUUUUUUUCCAGCUUAUUUCAAGAUUCGAGCAUAACCGAUGAAACUCAAAGUUUGUAAUAUCUGUUAUAUAUAUAUCUAU